AUUGAUUAUUUCUUACUGUAUGCUGAUGAUAAACUCUAUGAAUUAAUUACAAAAGCUACAAAUUUAACAUCUGUUGAAAAAUCUGGUAAAAGUCUGAAUGUGUCAGCUUCAGAAAUAAAAAUCUUCUUUGGAAUGACAUUUUUAAUGAGUAUCCUCGGGUAUCCUCAGAUACGAAUGUAUUGGGGAAGGGCUACUCGAGUGCAAACUAUUGCAAAUGCAAUGACGAUGGACAGGUAUUUUAUGAUACAAUCAAAUUUAAAAGCAGUUGUUGACAGACUAGUUGAAGAUAGCCACAAACAGGAAAACAAAAUCUGGAAAAUUGAACCAGUAGUUAAUAAAUUCAGAGAUGUAUGCUUGGCAUUGCCUUGUCCAGCAUGUGUUUGUAUUGAUGAACAAAUGAUCCCAUUCACUGGUGUGUCACAAUUGAAACAGUAUGUGCCAAGGAAGCCAAAUCCAGUAGGAUUAAAAAACUUUGUUUUAGCAGCACCUAGUGGAUUAGCCCUUGAUUUCUGUAUUUACCAAGCUAAAACAACAUUUCCUACUUACAACAUAGAUAGAAAAAUUGCUAGUUUAGGAGAAUCAGCUGUACUGUACCUUAGUAGAACCUUAGAAGCAGGUACAAAGAUAUACUUUGACAGAUAUUUUACUACAAUCAGCCUGCUGAGUGUUUUACAUGACAGAGGAAUUGCUGGAACUGGUACUCUAAUGAAAAACAGAAUUCCAAAGGGUGUGAAGCUUUUAGAAGAUCAAGCACUAGAAAGAUUAGGACGAGGGAGUUCUGACCAAUCUGUUAAUGAUGAAGCUAAAAUUGCUAUUGUAAAAUGGAUGGACAAUAAAGCCAUUUUCUUGGCAUCAACUGUAUCAGGAGUGGGAGAGGAAGAUAUGUGCAGAAGAUGGUCUAAGAAAGAAAAAAGUUUAUUCAAGUGGAACAUCCUCAAAUUGUAAGAGAAUACAACAUGAAUAUGGGGGUGUUGACUUAGAUAGAACAAUUAGCUACUACAGGAUCAAGGCAAGAACCAAGAAAUGGACUAUUAAAACAAUCUUUUUCUGAUUUGAUUUUGCUACAGCAAACUCUUGGUUGGAAUACAAGCAAGACAGAAUAUUUUUUGGGAAAAGAAAAAAAUAAAUUCUUGAAUUCAUGGACUUUAAAAUUAGUUUAGCUGAAGAGCUUAUUUUCAGUUUUUUCCCAACUCAAACAACAGAGAACAUUGAUGAUUUAUCUCCCCCAACUCAAAAGAAAAAGAUAGUUCCAAUUCUGUCCCUAGCUUUUCGGGUGAAUGGUGCAAUUUACCUUCCAGACUUGGCUGGUGAUAUUAAAAACAGUGCAUGCUGCAGAAAUCCAGGAUGCAAGAAAAAAACUAAAUUCAGAUGCAUACAGUGCAAUGUAUUUCUAUGUAUUACAAGUGAUAGAAACUGUUUUUUUGGCUUUUCAUAACAAAUAGAAGCAUCCUUGAACUAUACAAUUUAUUUUUAUUUAAUUGAUAUUUUCUUUCAAUUAUUUAAAACAAGUAAAUUCAUUAAAAAUUUUAAGUUUCAAAUUGCUAUAAUUUGGUUAAUUAAGUCCCAAAGAUCCAUUUUAAUAGAUGUGCCCCUUAAAAAACACUAAGGGUCAAAGGUUGAUGUUGAAUUCAUAAUUGGACUUUUUAUAAUACAAAUAUUGUAAUUUUAAAAUAAAUUGAUUAAAAAAAAACAUUUUUUAAUUCUCGGGUCUGAGGAGGUUACAUGUUUUAACAUGGGAAAAUGCAUUUCGUAUAACAGACUUUUCACUUAACGAACAUGCACCUGGAACACAUUAAGCAUGUUAUACAAGGCACCACUGUAUAUGUGUUUCUGGAGGGGAGGGCACGCCAAUAAAGUGUCGUGCCCCAGGUGCCAGUUACGUUCGCUACACCACUGUGUAGGGCAGUGUUUUUCAACCUGUCAGUCGCGACCCGCUGGGGGUCGCAAAGCCUUACAUGGGGGAGUCACUAGUAAAAGAAAAAGACAAGUGUUUGUAGGUCCUACACUACAUUAAAAAAGCUACAAUUUCAGUGAGAAAACUGUACCUGUUUAUUUUUCAGUAUAAUUGGAUUUCUGAUCGAUACUUAGGUCUCAAUCAUGGGUGUAGCCAGGGAAAAUAAUAGCCGAAAAAGUGUUGAGCUGAUUUCAAAAAAGAAAUAAAAAGUAGAAGCUGAAAAUGCUGAUCCUAAAAAGAAAAAAAGGUC